AAAUCGUGCACUUUUUUUUUACUUUGCGUAUAGUAAAUACUCAAAAUGAAUCCUAAUAUGAAUAUGAUGCAGAUGUCUGGACCUCCCAUGAUGCAAGUCUCGCCAAUGAUGCAGUCAUCGCCGCAACCCAUGAUGCCCACCGGUCCGUCCGGCCCAGUGCCAAUGCAGCAGCAGCAGCAGCAUCAACAACAGCAGCAGCAGCAGCAGCAACAACAACAACAGCAACAACAGCAGCAGCAAGCCGAAAAGCUAGACAACAUAUCGAGAGUGAAGACUCUGCUGGGACCAUUGCGAGAGUCUAUGUUCCUAACCAUUCGGUCCAGUGCCUUCACUCUGCAGCAAAACAAUUUGGCGGACAAUCUGAAGCGGGACAAUGGCGGCCAUGGUCAUGUGCCCCGCUUUGACAAGCACCUGGAGGACUUUUACGCGUACUGUGAUCAAAUGGAACUGCAUCUCAAAACGGCCAUCCAAUGCAUGCAGCAGCUAAACUCGUCCCAGCAUUAUUUGCCCGGCGCUGUGACGGCCAUUCGAAUGGACAAUUUUAUACCGGACAAUCCGGCUGGACCUAUUCCAUAUCCCACUUAUCUAAACACAGUUCGUGUUCACGUGCAGUCGGCGAAGGAUAUCCACGACACACUAAUCAGUGCAGCUCAAAAUAUAUCUCAGGCCGAUUGAUAAUUAGA